AUGGACAAAGAGAUCAUCGAACCAACAUCUAAUAGCAGUCAGGGGAGCCGAGGCUCUCGCGGAUCUCAGCAAGGCGCACCUAAUCCGUACAAAAAGGAUUUGAACUCAUACACACGACCAGUCGCACAUGAAAGGAGCACCCGGGCACCUAAAGCCUUUGAGAGGAAGGACUCUCGAGGUUCGGAUGCGACCUACCAAAAGGCACUCGAAGCAGUGUCAGGUCAAGAGAGCUCCAGCGAUGACCGGAAACGAUCUCCCGCGUCUGCAGCGGGAAGCAACGAGGUGAACCAGCAGGUCAUCAACGAAGGAACGAGCUCACAACGAGCAAAGGAGAUGGAUGUGACAUCACAAAAGGAUGUCAGGAUCAGCCCCGUCAUAUCAGAGCAGGUCAAAGAUUCUAAUCUGACUAAACCGGACCUCGUCGAACAGUCAAAUGAUGAAAAACUUGAUGAGCAAAAACUCGGUGAUGUCUCACUUGACGAUGAUGUCACAGUAGAGGAUCUGUUUGAGAGCCCAAUGCAGUAUGAAGAGAUGAUGCGAAGUCACAAGUUCAGCAAUGAAGAAUCGUACCUCACCGAUGACGAUGUGACGAUGAACAUGUCAUUUAGGACCGCGAUGAAAGAUGCCGUUCGAGCUGAAGGGGUGACAGCGUUCAGUGAUAUACCUGAACACCGAAUCGAACGAACUCAGACAGGGAAGAUCAUCAAUGUCCGGUCCCCAUCUCCGAACAGCCCCACCUCAAAUCUGUGGAGGCAGAUCAGGGAGUUACAAACGUCACUGGAAGGUAAAGAAUGUCAACUCCUACAGAAGAAGCAGGAAUAUCAGAGGAGGAUAAGCUCACUCGAAACUCAUGUAUACGAGAUGGAGCAACAGCAGGGCAUUCUGGAAAAUGCGGCGACCGAAUGGAAAAUCAGAUAUGAACGUCAGAAGGAGAUCGCCGAAGAAGCCCAGAAGGUGGCUGAUGAUAAAGAAGUGGAAAAGUUCAUCGCGGUAGACGAGCUCAAUGAGAGCAUGUCCGAAGAGACAGCUGAGAAAUCAAGACGUCUCGCCGAACUGAAAGAUCAAUGUGAUGAGCUUCGCAAGAAGGCAAACGAAGCUGAGAUCAAGCGGAAUGAAUAUGCAAACAAGUUAGCUGAGGCCACACAAAGAUUGGCAAUGAUGUCAACCGACAUGUUGAAGCUCAGAAAUGAUCUGAAGCUGAAAGAGGAGAACAUCGGCAUCCUCCAAAAGGAAUCACAAGCACAUCAGAAACGAGCUGAUGAUGCACUCCAAGUGGCGAAGGAGCUCACGGAGCUCGGAGCUACCGAAGGAGAACGACUCAAGAAUGAGAUCAAAAAGGUCAUCGAAGAGAAUAAUCAGCUCACUGAAGAUGGAAAAAAAGCAGCUGAAGAGGGUCUGAAAUGGCGACAACAAGCGCUCCGGCUGGACACAAUGGUCACAGCGCUCGAAAUAGCGGAAAAAGAAAAUCAACAAAAAGUUCAUGAGCAGCUCGAAGAGAACAUAAGGCUAAAUACGGAGCUAACCGCAAUGGCGACUACGGCAAUGUUGAGAGAAGAUGAAGCCACGGAGGUGAGAAACCAGCUAAUAUCGGCAGGGCAGGCAUACACCGAGCUGGAGCAGCAGGUAAAUCAGCUCGCCGAACGGAUGAUCACACUAAAAGAUGAAACACACAAAGAGAUGGAUAAUCGAACCAUCAAACUUCAGAAUGAGAUGCUGAAGAUCAAACAGGACAAUGAUCGAUUGAGGAAAGAGAGAGAUGAGCUCAACUUGAAGAACAGACGCCUCGAGGAUGAGAAUAUCGCUCUCCAGGUGACAAAUAAACACAAGGAUGAGCAACUUUUGCAGUUCGGUGCUAAGAAAGAUACCGACGUAACACCCCCGCCCAGUUACAGUAAGACACAAGGAACAGGAGCUGGCGGGAGUGCUCACUUCGAGAUGCCGCUACGAACGGGUGGCGGCAGAGGUGAUUUCAAAACGGAAAAAGAUGAUGAAGUCGCCGAUAAACGGAACCCAUCGGGUAGUCACCAGCCACAGAUGAGCUCUGGUGACCCAUCGCAGUAUCAACAGCCUAUCGAAACAGCAAUUAAAGAGGAUGCAAAUCGAGAUGCCCGGUCCCCUCGACAUGAACACGACGGGAGAUAUUUCAGAGAGAUCCCAAAUGAACGAAACCAACGGAAUGAGCGAAACGACCGAAACGAAGACCGUGUCCAAAGGGAAUUCAAUAGGACGCUCAAAAACAUGGGCCGAAAAACUGACCUGGCAAUCUUUGAUGGUAAUCCUGAUGCGGUGAAUGGGUGGAUUCGCAUCGUAAAAGAAACACAACGAACAUAUGAUCUGACCGAUGAACAGAUCAUGAUCGACAUAGCCAGUGCCGUGAGAGGACCAGCCAAGAUCUGGUUCGACAGUGAAAGAGACAUCGAAGAGGCGGAAGAAGAAGUCUACACGGUCACAGAAUGGCUAAAUAAGUUCAAAGAUGAGUACAGUGACCGCAACGAGGAAGUCCUGGGCUUUCGUGAGGCCAUGGCUAGGAAAUUUAAACCUGGAAAAGAAACACUGGAACAAUUCUAUCAGGCCAUCAUGAAAUUUAAAGCGAAGAAAGCGAUCACUGAAUUGCAAGCGGUUGCAUUCCUCAUAGACGGAUGCAGAGUGGAUAACAACCUCUACAACGCCUUGAAAACGAAGGGGUUCAAGACGCCAGCGGAAAUAAAGGCUUUUUUCAGAUCGUGGGCAGCUGGUGAAGAUAAAUACAAAGUGGUGGAAGGUCAACGAAAUCAACCGGAUAUCGUCACCAUCCGCUCGGGCCAGGUUGAGAUGGCACCGAGGCAAUACGCAGCUGCACCAGUUCAACAAGUGGAAUAUCGGCCGAGAUCACCAGUCCCGGUUCAGAAUCAAGUGACUUUCAAUGAUAGUCAAACCGGACAACCUAUCACGUAUGCCAUGGUUGCUGCGAUACAAGCGCAGGCACAGGCCAGACCGGUGGCGCCGGCUAACGUGAUGCCGCACCCCCUGAACGUAGAGGCGCCACCUCAGCAAGGAAGGCCAAAUAACGGAAAUCAAUAUGGAAACGGAAACAAUUGGAAUAAUGGUCAAGGUAAUGGAAACGCCAACUUGAACAAUGACCAGGGAAAUGGCAAUUUUAAUCAGAAUCGGAAACAAGGGAACUACCAGCAGAACCGCGGCAACUAUCAGCCACAGCAGGGUUCCCGAACUGAAUGGAAAUUCGGCCAAAUUGAUGGAUAG